ACCUCUCUUUAUUUAUUUUCCAUUUUUAGGUUGGGGUGGUAAACACUAAACUUGUGGAUAAAUUGUAAUUUAAUUAAUAAAUGAGGGGGAAAAGAAACAUUUGUCAGUUUUUUUCCACUCUUUAUAUAUGCCAUACCGUCCACGGGUUUCGUUCAUAAUGGUCUCUUUCAGUUAAACCAGAAACCAAAGCACCAAUUAAGAGAGAGAGAGAGAGAGAGAGAGAGAGAGAGAGGGAGAGGGUCAUGCAUCUCUUCUGAUUUAACAAGAAAUAUGAUUUCCCUUUUUCUUCUGGUUUAAAACCUAACCAGUUUGGUUUGCGUUAGGGUUCUUUUUAUUAUUAAAGGGCUGUCGAGUGUGCGAAGAGAAUAGUUUUGCUUUGGCGUUUGUUCGUGAUUUUUUGGUAGCGGUUGGCAUGGCUGUUGAUGCACAGUAUUAUUCUGAAAGUAUGGGUUUGGCCAUGUGUGGCGUACAGGAUUGGUGGGUGAACCCCGUUUCUUCUUCUGGGCUUGACGUUGAUGCUUCCAAUUUCAAUCCGCAGCAACUGCCUCAGGUUCAUCAUCUUCAUAACCACUACAGCAUUCAGGAUCUCUGUGUUGACGAUAACACGAGUCCAAAUCCCUUCCCCUCUUCUUCAAGCAGUGAUAAGCUUCUCCCAAUGGCGUUCUCUCAAUCUUUGGCCGAUCAGCUUGAGACCCAGAGACUCGAAAUCGAUUGGCUUCUUCAUUUUCAGCUUGAGAGAUUGAAAUUUGCUUUACAAGAACAACGAAAGCAACAACUGGGGUCGCUGUUGAACAGAUUGGAAUCAAAGACUAUAACCCUAAUGAGACAAAAGGAGGAAGACUUGGCAAGAGCGACGAAGAAGAUGAUGGAGCUGGAAGAUUGGUUGAGAAGGAGAGAAGUGGAAAGCCAAGGAUGGCAGCGAGUGGCGACAGAGAACGAAGCGAUGGUCAAAUAUCUAAACAACAUGCUGGAACAGGUCAGAGAAACGCACUUAUUGCUGAGCAACGGAGCCGAAGAUGCAGAGUCGUAUGGGGGUGGUCCCAUUGACAGAAGAGAGGACGAAGGCAGGGGAAGAGACAGAGGAGAAGGAGGAGAAGAAGUGAAAGACCAGUGCAAAAAGAUGGCAUGCAAACGCUGUAAUUCUCGGACCUCGUGCUUUCUUUUCUUCCCUUGCAGACACCUUUGUUCGUGCAAGUCUUGUGAGCCCCUUCUUGGUUGCUGCCCAGUCUGUAAAUCUGUAAAGGAGGCAAGCAUGGAGGUUUUCUUGGUCUAAGAAGAAGAUUAAAAGAGAAAAAAUGAAAAGAAAAAGGCCCAAGCAAUGGAAAAAACAGAAAAGAAAAAAAAAAAAAAAAAAAAAAGGAAAGGAAAAUUUUUUGGGAAGAACACUUUUUGGAUUCCUUUACGGUGUUCAUGGCGUUCCUCAUUUUCUUUUUCCGGGCUCUCUGAUAUCAAUUUUUUUUGGCGUACAACGGACGGCCCAUCUCAAUCGAAAUGAUGAUGAUGAUAGCAGUAGCAUUGUGAAAUUGCAGGAUGAGAAUCUCGGUGCCUUUUCCUUUUCUGGCUUUAUUAAUUUUCCUGAUUUAGCGAUAGAGACUGAUUUGCACCUUUUCUUUUUCUCUUGUUAUUUUGUUUCUCUUUCUGUUGUGGUUUACAAGGAGAAGAAAUUGGCAGCUCCCUUAGCCGUAACAGUGUCCUGUUAACUGACACCCGAGAUUUGAAAGCAAAGCUGUCAUUUAUCA